AUGGCAGUAGAAAGUCUCCCUGUACGCUAUGUGCUCAACGAGCGCGAGUAUGCGAUUCUGCGCAAAUAUCUCUCUUCCGCUUCUCGCACCAAGGAGGCCAGCACAGACACGUCCGGAACCCCAGCUCCAUAUCAACAGAAUGACCACAACGCAGCCGCGUUCCGUUCGGCCUCGCGAGUUUUUCUUCUAAGUCUGGGCUCUUUGAAGGGUGCAGAAGCUAUGCUAGGUCUGCUGGCUGCUCGAAAGACCCCGACAACUACCCGCUCACGAGCUCCGCUUGUGGCAUCACCCACGAGGAUCGCGCUGUCGCUUUCUACAUUACUGUUCUUCCAUUCCAUUCUUUAUCGCCUCUUCCACCGAUUGAGGCUGCAACUUCUUCACGAGAAGGUCCGCCAUAUCCAAGAACGGUAUCCCAAGAUCUAUGGGGUGCUUACGUCUAAGUUAGCGCCCGCUAUUGGGGCGAGUCUCUCAGGCGUCGCACUCGGAAUCUGUCCAGCUGACCAGUUGAGAGUGACUGUUGCGAUAUACAUUGCGUGCCGCGCGUUGGAAGUGGGAUACAAGGCUAUCGAGAACACCAGCUUCGUCAAGAGCAAUAAGCCAUCUUGGCUGGGAAGCUGGAUGUUAUUCGCUGUUGCUCAAGGCCAAUUGCUGCAUGCAUUUGUGUUCGAUAGCGACUGCUUUCCCGAGGCUUACGGCUCGUUCAUCCUAGGCUACACGCCAGAGUAUAUCCAAAGACGGCCACCGAAUAUCUCUUCGAAAGUUCGGUGGCCAAAGUGGAACGAGAUCGUCGACGCCCUAGCACAGAUGGCGAGGAUGAGAUGGCCACCAUUUGUCUCACCUAUCUUGCACCCAGAAGCUUCUAAUAUGCUCCCUGCUGGGAUAAAUACCGUGAUAUCACCUAUAACUUCCAGGGCGCAUCCCGCGACACAAAACCUGUCAUGCGCGCUCAUCCAUCCGUCGGACCCUUCCUGCUUUCUGGCUUUUCUCCGACAUAUUCUGAUAUCAUUCCCGCUGCUGGCGCGGUUUUACGCUCUCUACUACGGAGCAUUCUCAAUAUUGAGGAUAAGGAAGGUCGUGAAAGCGCCUCUAGCGGCACUCAAUCGACUUUCCACUUCCGUUUUGAGAUCCACUUUUGCAACUACAGGAUCGAUUGGGAUGGCAUGGGCCAGUAUAUGCCUAUUCCAAAUCAUCCUUCCGCGUGCAUUCCUCCCGAAGUUUCGAUUCUUCUUCGGUGGUUUGCUUGGUGGCUUCUUCUCCCUAGCAGAUCUGACUCCAUCCGGACAUCUGACCUCAUUAUACGCCGCACGAACGAGUGUGGAUUCAUUGUGGAAAGUUGGAGUCAAACGCAGAUGGUGGAAGGGAAUCAAGGCGGGAGAUGUCUGGUUGUUUGUGGCGGCUCUGGCCUUGGAGAACGUGGUCUAUGACUUCGGCAAAGACACCCCUGCCAGUGAGGAUCAAGCAAUGACUAUGAUCAAGGUGCUACGGGGUGAGAUCGAACUAGGCUUGCCCAAGGAGGAGCAGCAGACCAGCGAAGGGACGUCAACUGACGAUCUUGGGGGGCCAAAAUUCCAAUGA